AGUUCUUUCUCAUAACAUUACAUGAGGGCAGGGGCUGUCUGUCUGUCUCUGGACCUGCUCGCCCAGAACGCCGCACGUAAACGGAGCCCUGGCGGCGAACGCCAACGAGGCUCCGCGGCUGAAGAUGCGGCCCUCUGGCCGCCUCCGGGCCCCAACGCCGUGCUCACCGGCUGGGCAAAAAGCCUUAAAUACGGUCGUGUCUCAGUAGUCUGUACGCUUCUUUCUGCGUUGCCUGCCCUACCUCACUAAAAUUGUUGGGUGGUAAUGGAGCCCAACCUAAGAUUUUCCAAUCAUCUGCCCGAAAGGGCGCAGGGAGGUUCACGAGCCCGGGAGGUUGCUUGCUGCCCGUGCGAGAGUCUAUUUCCUACGGCAGGCGAAGUUCCAACCCCCUCCAACAUGGAGACCUGCGGAAGUCGUGACGGCGUUGCACCGCUUGCUUUGUUGUGUAAGAGCCUGCCAGAACCCAAGAUGGCGUUCGCCGAGGCUUCAAGGUCUUUUCCCCUUGCUCGCUGCCUGCCCCGAACAAAGGUGGUCGUCGGAAGUGCGCCCACUUUUUGAGGCCGCCUUCCCGUUCCGCCUCUCCUCCUGUCUCGCCGACCUCCCAACUCGCCGCAGAGAUGAUGGCAGCCGCCGAGGUGGAGUAUGAGUCUGUGCUGUGUGUCAAACCUGAUGUUAGCGUCUACCGGAUCCCCCCGAGGGCCUCGAAUCGAGGAUACAGGGCCUCUGAUUGGAAACUGGAUCAACCAGACUGGACAGGACGACUCCGUAUAACUUCUAAAGGCAAAAUUGCAUAUAUAAAACUAGAAGACAAAGUUUCAGGAGAGCUUUUUGCUCAGGCACCAAUUGAUCAGUAUCCAGGCAUUGCUGUGGAGACUGUGACUGAUUCCAGCCGAUAUUUCGUCAUUCGAAUACAGGAUGGAAAUGGGCGAAGUGCCUUCAUUGGCAUUGGCUUUGGCGACAGAGGAGAUGCCUUUGACUUCAAUGUUGCCCUGCAGGAUCACUUCAAGUGGGUGAAACAAGAGACAGAAAUCUCCAAGGAGUCCCAGGAGACAGACAACCGUCCCAAGCUUGACCUCGGGUUUAAGGAAGGACAGACCAUUAAGUUGAACAUUGGGAACAUGCCAACCAAGAAAAGUGGUGCAGCCAAGCCGCGUCCAGCUGGAUCAGGGGGUCUAAGCCUGCUCCCACCACCACCUGGAGGCAAAACUGCUUCCCCGCCUGUCCCUCCUCCAUCCUCAACUGCCAUUUCUAAUCAUGUCACACCACCACCUGUGCUGAAAUCCAGCAGUGCAGGCAACUCAGAUAUUCUGCUAGACUUUGACUUGCCGCCUCCCAUUUCAAAAGUGUCUGCGCCUGCUGUGGUUCCAGCCACCACAGACCUUUGGGGAGAUUUCAACACUGCAUCCAGCACAGCUCCCAGCCAAUCUCCCCAGCCUCCCAAUUGGGUCCAGUUCUGAAGAAUGUUGACUUGCUCAAGUAAGAAUGGAUCAAUGACCAAGGCACACGGGACCCAAAAUGGGACAGGAGUGAGCUGAUUUACUUAGCUCUUUUGUUGAAACAUGAUUUCUGGACAAUUCUCCUGUUUUCGUUAAUGUUUGCAUUUGCAUCGACACUUGUGGUUUUCUCUCAUGCAACCGAAGUGCAAGGACCUGUGGGAAGAUGCUUCAGAAUUUGCCCUUGGUUAACUUUAGACGAACAGAAGACAGGCGGUGGUUGA